GAUGAGGGGCUGCACAGCGAUCACAGUUUUACUUGUCUGCAGCCAGAGCUGCAUCUCUGAGUCUCACACUGUGAAGGUCCAGUCUGGUGAAGACGUCACACUGAUGUGCUCCAAGAUUUCCACCACUAUAACUCCCACAGAGUGGUUCCGAGUGGUCAACAGAACAAAGCCCAGCUGCAUCUCCUCUAUGUUUCUUGCUGACGCCAAUGUUUCAUACUGUGAUGGAUUUCAAAAUGGAAAAUUUGAAAUGAGUUCCAACGUCACCACUUUCUUUCUUAAGAUCAAGCGAGUGGAUGUAUCAGACAUCGGGCUGUAUUUCUGUGGAUUUUACAUAAAUUACCACACAGUCAUUUCCACUUCAGUUGAGCUAAAGAUUCAAGGAAAUAAUGAAUCCAAUGAUGAAGGGGAUCAUCAGACUGUCAACAAACCUGACAGAACGACACACUUAAUGAGCGUGAUCCUGGGUGGUGUGACUGCUGGGCUCACCAUAGUAGUCAUUGUGCUGGCUGUACAAAUCUGGAAGCUUCAGAAAGCUGUGAAUGGAGGAUCACAGGCAGAAAAAAGUGAGAAUCUGAGGUCAGAUGACGUGAACUAUGCAGCUGUAACUUUCCAGGCAAGAUCGAAAAGAAGCCGCAGGCCUGCACCUGUCAGAGCAGUGGAGCCUCAUGUUGUGUAUGCCGCCACCAGAUAAACUGAGGACGCACCUGGAACUGCAGCUCAGAGUUCAACUCAGGCUUUUUCAUAUUCACCUGCUGAUGUAUUCGUGUGUGUGUGUGUGUGUGUGUGUGUGUGUGGGGUGAAAUGAGUCCGAGCAAAAAAUAAAGUUUCUGUAUUCAGGCUGAACAUAUUUGAGCUUGUUUUCUGUCUGUGCUGUGGUCAAAGUCUUUGUCUCUCCUGUUACGUCUGCUUGUUGUCUGAGAGGAGAAAGAAAACUCAUUGUGAUAGAGGAGGAGUCACAGAAGGUAGAGAUGAGUGUGAAACGCUCUCACGGACAGAGCAAAGUGGUCUGCAGUGGGAGGAGUGAAAUGUACAUCAGCGUUUGACAGGAAGAGACGGCAAAGUGUGGUCUGAGCACAAGAGAGGUGAAAACCAAAAGGCCUUGAAAGUUAAAAGCUCUGUUGGACAGCAUCAAAACACUGUAACUGUCAUGAAAUUAAAGCAGCUGCUCUAUUUAGACAUUUAAAA